AUGCCUAUCACUACUACAGAACAAGUGCUGAUAAGAAAGUCUUUUCUGCGUCAGGUCGACAUUAUCUAUUCCAGAACUCUUUAUUUACCUGGUCCACCCGCACUGCAUACCACUGAACUCUAUGAAAAUUUUCAGCACUCGAAGAUGCGUACAUGCAUUUUACUUCUUUCUUGCCUACAUCUUUGCUAUGGCUAUAAGUUCCUUGUAUACUCACCCAUUUAUGGUUAUUCUCACACAAAUUUCAUGGGUGCUAUAGCGGAUACACUCACUGAGGCUGGACAUGAUGUG